AUGGCUCGGGCUCGGGCUCGGGCUCAAGCUUGUCCCAUGACUGUUUGUUUCUAGUUUAGUGAUUGAGCCCAGGAUUCCACCUUUAUCACCUUCGAUAAUUUUUUUAAAAUAUAAACACCUACAUUUUACAGGUGCCAUAUAAUAAAAAGCCAACUCCCUACAAUAUCAAUAUCUCGUCGUGUUUCCUCUAUAAACAAACGUUAUCUAUCAUCUCUCUCUUCACAAAAGAGCCCUACUUUCUUCUUCACAACACAGCACAGCGCCCAUCACGGCUCGGCUGGCUAGCCUGAUUAAACUCUCUUCUCAUUUCAAUCCAUCCAAACUGAACCCUAAUUUUCUUUCUCUCUUAAAUUUUAAUUUCAAUUUCAAUUUCAAUUUCAAAUCCAAACAAUCUUCUUCUGGACCCGAACUUCGUCUCUUUCAACAACCAUUCCGACUUCUCCGAGCCUUAAUUCUCAAAUUUUAUUUGAAUCUCGUUUCCGGUUUCUCCAUUUUCUUUUUUUGAUCAUUUUGAUUGCUGUUAGUGUUUUGUUUCCGCUAUAACAUCGGGGUACGUGUUUGAUUUGUUUAUUGAUAACUUGUACUGUUUUAAAAUUUCUCAUCUGUCGACAGAACCACGAUUUGAAAAUUUUGGAGAUAUUUAUUUAACCCUCCAGAUUUAAACAAGUCAACUGUCGCCCCUUAAAGCGGGACUUAAUUCUAUUUACCCCCUGUGGUUGCUGAUCUGAUUAAAUUCAAAUUUAUACCGGAGAGAAGAAAAAAUGGUGGGUGGUGGUAGCAGGAGAGACGUUGGAUCGAUUGUCAUUAACAACAACAACGUGUUCGCUGCGUUGGAGAGUCUGAGGAAGAAAAAGAAGUCCGAAAAAGAGCGCGGGUCAUCCAAAAGCACCGGCAAAGGGUCUUCCAAGACGCAGCAACACCAGAACAAAGAGCCUGAGGAGCCUCCGGUGUUUUGGGCUCCAUCCCCGUUGAAAGUCAAAUCAUGGGCUGAUGUUGAUGACGACGACGAUUAUUACGCCACCACGGCUCCACCGCAGUCGGUCUGGGGAUCGUCGGAGGCGCCGCAGGAUCACGAGAAGCCUACCAAUGCAGAGGAUAGUGAGAGCGAAGAAGAUAUUCUAGAUGAAGGUGAUGAUGAUGUUGUGGAAGAGCAUGAUCACGAACAUGAGGUUCCAGUGCACCAUGAACUGGUAGUGAAGAUGCCUUCUGAAGGUUCCGUGAUAUCUAAACAGGAGACAGAGAAGCAACUAUCAAAGAAGGAGAGAAAGAAGAAGGAACUUGCAGAGCUUGAGGCUCUUCUAGCUGAUUUUGGGGUUGCCCCAAAUGAUAGCAAUGGCCAAGUUGAAUCACAGGUUGCACAAGGAAAGAAAGAUUGCGAACCUAACAAAGAGGGAGAAAAGAAGGAAGAUGCUCCUGGAGAAUCAAAAACUGCUAAGAAGAAGAAAAAGAAGGAUAAAUCUUCAAAGGAGGGUCAGUCUAAUGAGUCAGUUGUUGCGAAUGGGCAAAAUCAAGCUGUUGGAGCUGAGCAGGCAAAGGAGGAUGCAUCUACUGUUGAUGUGAAAGAGCGCUUAAAGAAGAUGGCAUCUUCAAAAAAGAAGAAAAAUAGUAAAGAGAUGGAUGCUGCUGCUAAAGCUGCUGCUCAAGAGGCUGCUGCAAGGAGUGCAAAACUUGCUGCAGCAAAGAAGAAAGAGAAGAACCAUUAUAACCAGCAGCCAGUGCGGUAAAAAACUUCAUUUUAUUUCACAGGAUAUAUGAACAUGCAAUUCUCGUUGUUCAUAUAUAUGACAAGGUGAAAUUAAAUGAUAUGGUUUGUUACUGCUUCUUAAAAGAUGACAUGUUAGCCUUAUUGCCUAUGGACUAGGGAAAGUUCAUACGGGCAUUUUGGGUCUUAAUUGUUGUGUUGUCGCGGGACACCAUUGUUUUCAUUUAGCAGUUUUGUUCAUUCCAGACUCUUACCGCAUUAGCAGUUGUUGAUGACCGUAUUGAAGUUCUUCUACUGAGAUCUUAUAACUGACCAGUUGUCCUGGAGGCACGGUCAAAUGAGAAAUUUUGCAAUUUCUAUUUAUUUUUGUCAGGAACUCUUGUUUUUGGUUUUCAAUUCAAGGGUGAGUAAAGACUGGUCUGUGAGGUUAGGCAUGGUUGGAUUCAGCAAAUGUUGUCGAUGAACUUUGCUUUGAGUUUUGAGAGAUAUAUGUAACUAGCGAGUAUUAUGUGCUUGAUACAGUGGCCUCUAAUAUUAGACAUUUUUCAAUUACAAAUAAA